ACUCACUGUGCUUUCCAGGAAAAAGUGAGUGAAGGGGACUAUAAUAUGGAUUUAGAACACGAGGAUUAUUAUAACAAGACCCUUGGCGCAGAGAAUGAUACUGCUGCCACUCAGAAUUCUGAUUUCCCAGUCUGGGAUGACUAUAAAAGCAGUGUAGAUGAUCUACAGUAUUUUUUGAUUGGACUCUAUACAUUUGUAAGUCUUCUUGGUUUUAUGGGGAAUCUGCUUAUCUUAUUGGCUCUCAUGAGAAAGCGGAAUCAGAAGACCACAGUCAACUUCCUCAUAGGCAAUUUGGCCUUUUCUGACAUCUUGGUCGUGCUGUUUUGCUCACCCUUCACACUGACCUCUGUCUUGUUGGAUCAGUGGAUGUUUGGUAAAGUCAUGUGUCAUGUUAUGCCUUUCCUUCAGUGUGUGUCAGUUCUUGUUUCAACUUUAAUUUUAAUCUCAAUUGCCAUUGUCAGGUAUCAUAUGAUCAAGCAUCCUGUAUCUAACAAUUUAACAGCAAACCAUGGCUAUUUCCUGAUAGCUACCGUGUGGACACUAGGUUUUGCGAUUUGCUCUCCCCUUCCGGUAUUUCAUCGCCUUGUGGAACUGCAGGAAACCUUUGACUCUGCAUUGCUGAGCAGUAGGUAUUUGUGUGUUGAGUCAUGGCCUUCAGAUUCAUACAGAAUUGCUUUCACUAUCUCUUUAUUGCUAGUUCAGUAUAUUCUGCCUUUAGUUUGUCUCACUGUCAGUCAUACCAGUGUCUGCAGGAGUAUAAGCUGUGGAUUAUCCAACAAACCAAACAAACAAGAAGAAAAGGAGAUGAUCAACUUAACUCUUCAGCCAUCCAAAAAGAGUGGGACUCAGGCGAAACUCCCCAGCAGCCAUAAAUGGACUUAUUCGUUCAUCAGAAAACAUAGAAGAAGAUACAGCAAGAAGACAGCAUGUGUGUUACCUGCUCCACCAAGGCCUCAAGAGAACCCAUCAAGAAUGCUUCCAGAGAACUUGAGAAGUCAGCCCUGCUCAUCCAAUAAGUUCAUCCCAGCAGUCCCUACGUGCUUUGAAAUGAAGGCUGAAGAAAACUCUAAUGUUCAUGAAAUAAGAGUAAACCGUUCCAUUAUGCGAAUCAGAAAGAGAUCUCGCAGUGUUUUCUACAGACUGACCAUAUUGAUAUUAGUGUUUGCUGUUAGCUGGAUGCCUCUACAUCUUUUCCAUGUGGUAACUGAUUUUAACGAUAACCUUAUUUCAAACAGACAUUUCAAGUUGGUGUAUUGCAUCUGUCAUUUGUUAGGCAUGAUGUCCUGUUGUCUGAACCCAAUACUCUAUGGGUUUCUUAAUAAUGGGAUCAAAGCUGAUUUAAUGUCCCUUGUACACUGCCUUCAUCUGUCAUAAUUUUCACUGUUUACCAAAAAAGAAAAAAUGGUUGGCUCAUGUAAAAUAUAUUCAUAAUGACUAUGGAAGUAUAAUACAUUUUGUUAUAACUAGUAAGUAUGACAUUUAAUUUAUGUGUAAGAGUU